AUGUCUUUAGUGCUUUUUUGCUUUACAAUUAAAGGCGUCGUGCAGCUGUUAAUUCGAUAUUUCCACUUCCUUUUUCUUACAAUUUGGACUGCAAUUAUCUGUUUUAUAUUAUCGUUCAUUUCUUUUUUUGCGCGAGUGGUACCUUAUUCAUUCCGGGUUAUAUAUACACACAUUCCAACUCCAGUCUAAUUCACAAGCAAGAUGAUGGACGAUUCCUUUGCUGGCUCGCAGGCAUUGAGCUCCCGCGCCAACGGUUUCUUUGGGAAUAUCUUAGUUAAUUACCAGACCCUCUUGGACAGAAGCACGCCACACACUGGCGCGCGGUGGACUCUUUUUGGCACACUACUGCUGGCGUUCAUGCUUCGAAUAGUUUUAGCACAGGGAUGGUUUAUUAUCUGUUACGCGCUCGGCAUAUACAUGCUCAAUCUGUUCUUGGCGUUCCUAACACCGAAAAUCGACCCUGAAAUGGCAGAGGAGAUCGAGGAGGCCGAGGCCGCCGAUGAGUCUGGACCCGGUCUGCUCCCGACGAGGAAUGACGACGAGUUCAGGCCUUUUAUUCGCCGUCUGCCCGAGUUCAAGUUUUGGUACAACUCGACCAAGGCUGUAUUGAUUUCGCUAGUCUGCUCGUUUUUUGCGUUCCUGGACGUCCCUGUUUACUGGCCCAUUCUGCUUUUCUAUUGGGUCUUCUUGUUUGUCAUCACCAUGAGGCGCCAGAUCGAGCAUAUGGUCAAGCACCGCUAUGUGCCAUUCGCCAACUUUGGCAAGCAGCGCUACAGCCGCGGAAAGUAGACUGGUUCUUGUUUUUGUGUAUCCCCAUUGCGCGCCUCGUCAAACCCAAAAAAGUUUAUAAUCUGUUUGAACAUAUAUUUAUCUGCUUGCAACACAAGUGCAUUUCGUCUAUUUUUUGCUUUACUUUAAAAAAUAAUCAAACGCCUACCGGAGUUUACUUGUUAUUUUCAACUGCACUAAUUGCUAUAUAUUGGUCUUGUGACAGG